AUGGGAGACACCGAUACCAUAUCGGAAUUCAUAACAGAAACAGAGGCAUCGAAUUCACCAUGCGAGGACUCCGGUUCGGAUGAAACAAUUUCCACAAAGACGAGGAUCUUCGGUGGACAAAGCGAUUUAAUCCAGACUUACUGGAGUUGCAGAUUGCAGGACUGGGAGAGAGUUUAUCGUAGCAUUCAUCCCAGUAGAGUAUUGCGUGUGGAUCAUUUACUCACGGAGCUAAAUUUAGGCGGAUUACACAUGGGUACAAUACCCGAUCCGGAAUUUUUCCGAUGUCUACCUAGUCUACGCUUCUUGUGGAUUCAUGAUAACGAUUUGUUCCAACUGAACGGAGUGCUGAAAGCCGUUCCACGAUUACUUGGUCUUUGGGUCAGCAACAACCGCCUGAGUAAUAUGCGUGAUCAAUUACGAUCGCUGCAUUCUCUAGAGGUGCUUGACUUAUCGAUCAACGAACUGCAUGACUUUGAGGUGAGUUCGCAAAACCCAGAUUAA